GGGACAAUCGGAUCGAGCGACGUCAAAUUGGAAUAUUACCACGUUUCCGGACCUCUUUAUUAGGAUUGACGUUUCAUUACGUGCGACCCGUGGCUAAUGUCCCUCAGCAAGUGGUUUGUAAUUGACCAGUGUUUAGUGCCUUUCACCGCGGCUAUUUCUCGCUGGGAUCGCCGCACUCUCGACACACGCUCCGCCGUCUGCUGUCGGUACGUUCACGUCUGCUACUGUCGCGGCCGUCGUCUGCCUCCAUCCCGCUCACGUCUGCUGAGUACGCGGACGUCUGCCGGCGUCAGUCCACGAUGCAGGUGUAUCACCCGAACAACACCACCAACACCUGGUACGACGACAACAACAACAGCAACGAUGGCGACGAUGGUUUUAUCGGAGAGGACGCGACGACUACCAUCAUCACAGUGUUAAAAGGAAUCGUGAUUGUGUCCAUCAUUCUGGGAGCGAUAUUCGGCAAUGUUCUCGUGAUUACCAGUGUCAUACGGUUCGAGCGACUGCGAGUGAUUACCAAUUACUUCAUCGUUUCCCUGGCCUUCGCCGACCUCCUGGUAGCCAUGUUGGUCAUGCCUUUCAACGCCAGCAUCGAAAUCAGCGGUAAGUGGGUGUUCGGACGCAUCAUGUGCGACGUGUACAACGCCAACGACGUUCUCUUCAGCACGGCGUCCAUACUGCACCUGUGCUGCAUCAGCAUGGAUCGCUACAUCGCCAUCAUCCACCCGCUACAGUAUGAGAUCAAAAUGACUAGCGGUCGCGUGGCCAUCAUGAUCACCAGCACGUGGGUGGCGUCGAUUCUCAUUUCGUAUAUCCCAGUCCAUUCCCAACUUUAUACAACCCAGCAGAACAACCGGGCCUUGGACCAGGACCCGGAGACGUGCACGUUCAUCGUGAAUAAAAUCUACGCCGGAGUUUCAUCGUCCGUUUCUUUCUGGAUUCCGGGCACGAUUAUGGUUUUCGUUUAUGCAAAGAUCCUCCUGGAGGCAAGAAAGCAAGAAAAGUUCAUUCAAUCCUCGGCCAUGUACAUGCGCUAUAGCGAUGCACACGAACGCCAUAGCAACGGCGCAAUUAGGGAAGGGGAAGUUCAGCGGUUCGAACGAAAGCGGAUGAAGCGGGAACACAAAGCCGCCAAGACUCUCGGCAUCAUAAUGGGAGCCUUCCUCCUGUGUUUCUUACCUUUCUUCCUGUGGUACGUGAUCACCACUAUGUGCGACUACUGCCCCUACCCCCCGGUUAUAGGGGGGAUGCUAUUCUGGAUUGGCUAUUUUAACUCGUGUUUGAACCCCAUUCUUUAUGCUUACUUCAACAGGGAUUUCAGAAGUGCUUUUAAGAAAAUUUUACGAAUUCAAAAAAUGCCAUGUGACCGAACGGACCCCACGACGCAGGCUCUCAACACAGCGUACGCCGAUUUGAGGGAGUCCGGUAAUGUGCGCAUGUCCGCCAGUUCGGCCGGCAGGUGUUCUAACUCCUGAUAGUGCACGUGCGUCUCUUUACUAAAUGUUUGUUGUAUAUAAAUUAUAUUAUAUAUAUUUUACAUGCAAUUUCAGUCAACGUUAUCUGCUGCGGUUUGGGCUUACUUGUUCCAGCACGUAUUUAUUUAAAUCUAGAUUAUUAUUCACCAUGCAAAUUAUGCACAGAUUAUUUUCAAAAUGUUCGUUGGUUUAAAUUAAAACACUUUAAUGUAAA